AUGGAGACGGAGAUUCUCGAUAGACGGGAAAAGAUCCCCAAAGACCUCGUAAAGUAUUGGAAAUGGCGCUACACACUAUUCAGCAAAUUUGACGACGGCAUCAAACUGACCAGAGAACUGUGGUUCAGCGUGACACCGCAGGAUCUUGCCGUGUACACUGCAAAAUUUAUCAGACACUGCUAUCCAGACACCGAGACAGUGCUUGAUCUGUUUUGCGGCGGCGGGGGUAACUCCAUACAAUUCAUCAGGAUAUUUCAAAAGUGUGUUUGUGUCGACUACAACGAGAUAAAUCUCGCAUGUACAGCCAAUAAUGUGCAUGUCUAUUUCGACCAAAACCAACUUGAUCAAGCUGGAAAAACCUUGCAGCUGCUCAAUUGUGAUUGGAGAUAUGCCCUCCGCAAUGACAAUCCCGAGGAUCCUGUUGCAUACGCUCGAACACAGAACAUAAUAAAGAAUCUCAAAGUGGACAUUAUAUUUGCAUCUCCGCCGUGGGGCGGCCCGAAGUACCUCAAUCAAGAGACUUUUGAUUUGCGCGCGCUCGAACCAUUACCGCUAGACGACCUUCUGAGAAGCUGUCUACAAGUCUCGGACAAAGUAGUGCUCUUCCUGCCGCGAAAUUCUGACCUGGACCAGCUACACCGAAUGUCGAUGCAAGUGUUUGGCCCUGCAGUGAAAAUUCGAGUCACAAAGGCCAAGAUAAACGGCAGGAUCAAAGGAUUGCUUUGUUUUUGGGGAUCUAAUUUUUAUGAUUAUCUGCGAAACUAA